CACUGAUAAUCAGGACACUGCCCCAACAGUGCUUCAUCAGUGCUGCCUAUCAAUGCUGAUCAGUGUCGAUCAGUGCAACCUAUUAGUGCCUCCUAUCUAUGCCCAUCAGUUCCUCCAAUCAGUGCCAUUCAGUGCCGCCUAUCAGUGCAGCCUUAUCAGUUCUUCUUCAUCCAUGCCCACCAGUGCUGCUUCAUCAGUGCCAUCAGUACAGCCUAUCAGUGCAGCCUCAUCACUGAACUGUCCAUCAGUGCUCAUCAAUGCCACCUGCCAGUGCCCAUCAUCAGUGCCACCUAUCAAUGCCAGUCAGUGCUACCUAUCAGUGCUGCCAAUCAGUGCCAGUCAGUGCCGCCUAUCAGUG